AUGGUGACCUCUAGUAAUGUCAGUCGGUUAUUAAAAGCCCGGGAUGUUGAGAGCAGCAAGGAUUUAAAGAAAGAGAGUUCGGCCGAUGAAUCGCGAGCAAUGCCUAAGCUUGACAGGGUGGUUUCGGACCUAGCUGACGAUGCGAAUCUUCACAAGUCGAUCAAGGCAAAACUUACACCGAUGCUUAAGCAUGUUGCGACCGUCGAGAAACUGACCCCACCUGAAGCUGCCACCAAGUGGGGCAUUUGGACGCUAUUGAAGACGAAGUCUAUGGAGCAGCUGGCCAACCACCCGGACUAUCUGUUAUGGAAGACAUACACUAAGUACUGGAACAAGUAUCACUACUCGUCAAUUUAG